GUGGCGGGAGGCCGGGCCUGAGUGGCUGCGCCGCCUGUGGGGGACGCGGGGGCGGGGCAGGCACUGAGUGCUGGAGAUGCUGCUGCUGCAGCCGCUGCCGCUGCUGCUGCUGCUGCUGCUGCUGCGGGACAGGUUCGGGUCCGAGUCGGUCUUGGCGGGCACGGGGCGUUGGACAACCCGGGACACGGUGGUGGCAGCAGGAGCACACUGAGAACCAUGUCCAGGAAGAAGACCUCCAAGAGCAAGGGGGGGAGUGUGCCGGCUACCUCUACGCUGCCCGCCGCCGCCAACGGGCCACGUCUGGCACAUCCCAGGACUGCGCGCCCUAGCCCAGAGGCACCGCCCAACGGGCCCCCGCAGUCUGGCCUGCCCUCACUUGGUAGCACUGGAGACUUCUACGACGUUGCUUUCAAGGUCAUGCUGGUCGGGGAUUCUGGUGUCGGGAAGACCUGCCUGCUUGUGCGCUUCAAGGAUGGGGCUUUCCUGGCUGGUGCCUUCAUCUCCACUGUGGGCAUCGACUUCCGGAAUAAAGUUCUGGAUGUGGAUGGCAUGAAGGUGAAGCUGCAGAUCUGGGACACAGCUGGUCAGGAGCGGUUCCGAAGUGUCACCCAUGCCUACUACCGCGAUGCUCAUGGGACGUCCUCACUGCUUUCUGUAUCCAGCACUGUUGCUGCUCUACGACAUCACCAACAAAGACUCCUUCGACAACAUGCAGGCCUGGUUGACAGAGAUCCAGGAAUAUGCCCAGCAGGACGUGGUGCUCAUGCUGCUGGGGAACAAGGUGGGAAUCUGGGCCUGUCCUCUUCAGCCUGGCCCCACAGAGCAUGCCAUGCAGCACUGGCAUUAAUGAGACUCCUGUGCCCGGGCCAGGUUGACUCUACUCAAGAACGUGUGGUAAAGAGGGAAGAUGGGGAGAAAUUAGCCAAGGAGUAUGGACUACCUUUCAUGGAGACCAGCGCCAAGACUGGCCUCAAUGUGGACUUAGCUUUUACAGCCAUAGCAAAGGAGCUGAAACAAAGAUCAGCCAAGGCUCCCAGCGAGCCCCACUUCAGGCUACAUGACUAUGUGGAAAGGGAGGGCCGAGGGGUCUCCUGCUGUCGACUCUGAACCUUGCUGAAACUCAGUUCCACUCUGGAGGAAGCAGCUCUGCCUUUGAAAGUUGUCUGGGGGUCUACAGACUUGACCUCAGAGGAUGGAUGCCCUAGUGUCUUCCUUUCCUAGACAUCCUAGGCUAAUGCUCUUACCCCCUUUGCCCCAGUGGCCACCAGAAAUGGUCUUGAAGCAUACAAACCAUGUCAUGGCGCGUUGCUGCCCUCUUCUGGGCACCAUCAGCAGCGAGGACAGCAAUAUACAAUGGCGCCUCUUUAGGAAAAGCCAUGCUAUUGCACACUGCUUAGGCAGGACCCCACCCAGGACUGAAGGCUAGGUCAAUCAUCUAUCGUCCACGUGUUGGGCUGCUUAUUACUCACUAAGAGGCUCUGAUGUAGGGAACUACAGGAAGAUCGGGAUAGAACCCAGUUACCAUUUAGCAGGCUGGCCCAGUCCUCUCCACCUUGUACUAAAGUCACCAAACCACAAAUGUUGAGUGAAAACCUGUCCUCAAAGUCCCUAUUAAUAAAGGUGUUUCUGGA